UUCCGCGGCUCAUUUAUUGAAUGUUCCAGCUGAUUGCGUUGCCUCAUUCGUUGGUUCUCUUCGAUUUUGCUUUCUGUUUAUUUUUUAUCGGGGCAUUUUGUUUUGACUUUUUAUCUAUUUUGUUGGGGACGUCUCUUUUGAUUGGACCCGCAAAAGCUGUAUUUUUAUUAUUUUUUAUUAAGACCUUUUUUCUUGUUUUUGCAGAUUGUCUAAUUCCACUACUGUUUAUGUUCUUUCAGCUUACUGUCUAACACUGUAGACUGCAGAUACCUCGGGUUUAAGAAGCUCAAUUCCAAAUUCUUCAACAUGCAUGCCGGCACAUCCGUCUGCAAUUUAUUUGACUGUUUUGAUUUUUUUUUAUUAAUCAGACGUUAUUGUAUUUUUCUUCUUAUUUUUGCAGAUUUUCUACUCUCAGCAAAAAAGAUGUAACUACCUAUGCUUUCCCAGCUUAGAAUAUGAAACUCUUCACUGCUGACGCAUAGUGUGAUUUGAGACCUAAAGUUUCAGCCGAGUGAAGCAUUCUAAGGAUUUGUUUGUGACUACUGCACUUCGAUGGAAAGAAACACUUCUAAUUCCUUAUAAUGCAGCCGGCUAUAUAUUUUUUGUUUUUUUUUUUUUUUUAUUAUUCAGACCUUAUUACUGUAUGUACUUUUCUUCGUUUUUACAGAUUGCCUACAUCCAGCGAAAAAUAUACAACUGGAUAUGCUCUUCCAGCUUACUUCCUCAAACUCUUCUUGAAGGGGCAUCGGAUUGUGUGAUUCGAGACCUGCAGAAUCAUAUCCUGCACAAUAAAGCAUCCCAGUGAUGGAUUUGUACCCAAACAUUAUUUACAUAGAUUAACCUUAUAUUUGUAAUGUGAAAAAUUGUAAACAUUAAUCUUGAAAUAUAUUGUCUGCGGAAAGUUGGCUACUUUGCCAUAUCGUCAUUUGAAAACCUUUAUAUAAAUUAAUAUAUAAACUAACAAAUGUAUAUAUUUGUUUUAAUGUAAUAUUAUUUUUAACUAUUUUAAAGAUGAUACAUAUGCUCCAUACCAAGAACAUGUGGACUUGAGCGUUCUUAGAAAUGAGCUUAGAAAACGGGACGAUGAUAUGAAUCAACGGCUGGAUUCGACGCAACAACUUAUUAAGACAUUAACGGAGGAACUCAUCCAUCUCAAAAAUGAGUUACGACAAAACACAUGUAUUAAACCCGAACAGGAUUUAUUACCGACUUUGCCGCUUACUACGUUAGAGGAUUACAUGCAGUUCGAGAAAAAUAUCGCGGAAAAUGAAGACAUGCGAAAGCAAUUGGAAUCAUUAAUAGGACGUGUCGGCGGCAAAAAUAUGGCCUCCUUCAUAAAAAUGUCAAUUAAAUCAAUCAUUACCGAUGAAGUUGCCAUUGAUAUUACUUGGAGAGGUACUCCUAACAAACCCAGUUUCCAAAAAUUCUAUUUAUACAAUAUUAUAAAAGAGGCCUGCCAUGCGCAAGAUCCUACAUCAUCGGACUAUGUCAUCAACAAGAUUUGCCAGCAACAUAUAUUGCAUGCUCGUGAUAGAGUAGCAAAGAGAAACUCAAAAGCAAUACUCCCUGAUUAAUAAAUUAAUUUGACACGCGACAGUUGAAUUUUUUAGAUAAGAUUGUCUGAAAGAACUGUCUUAAGUUAAAUAUAUUUAGGCGAAUCACAACAAUUCCGUUUAUCUACUGUUUGUUGAUGUGCAAAACACGUUCAUAAACAGGUAGAUUUUAUUUUUCAUUUUUAAAACAAUGCAAUCUUUAUAGAAAAUUGAACGCAGAAUAGAAUGAUGAACGCAAAAAUUAUGUUUAAAUAUUUCACAUUUGGUUCCAAUAAGCAAUUAAAUACAAAUUUAAUCUUA